AUGUGCGGGUUGGCGACAUCGAAUUCGAAUUCGACAAACACAACUUCUUACUAUGGAGGUGUUAGCGGCUGGCGUCAAAACGCAUACGCAGUUGCGGUGCCAAUCUUCAUCUCCAUCUGUGUCUUGGUGAUGGUCAGCAACCUGUUGGUCUUAGUCACGCUCAGGUGGGUCAAAACCAAGCCAACGUCAACACUGCGUUUUACAGUGAGCUUGGCGAUUUCAGACGUCUGGACCUCAACCAUCGUAGCUGUUAGCUUAGUAUAUAAUAGUUAUAUAACGGUGGUGUAUCGUCUGUCGAUCAGUGCAUGCGUCGCACUCACGUUUGAAGGUAUUCACACGGGUGGCCUUUUAACUGGAACCCUGCAUCUACUGGCUCUGUCGGUAAACCAUUACAUCGUCGUCUCGCAGCCGUUCCUUCAUCACAAAAUUUUGAGCACCCGCAACACGUUGACCGUCAUAGUGCUCCUGUGGGUCAUUCCACCAGUCGCUCUGUUACUGUGCUUUGCGUCCAUCGAAAAUCAAGGAUUUCGAUCCCCGGAUGGCAAGUGCACCGAUGUUGACUUUUUUCACAAAUUGGAAUUUCGCCUGACCAUAUCGAUCAUCAUAUUGUUGUUCAUUGUUAUGAUGUCGCUACUGUACAUUGCGGUACUGGUGUUCCUGAACAAAGAGGCGAAGAAGUUUCUAAUCAAGCAACACUGUUCAAACAGUCAAAGGAUUCGCCGAAUGCGAAACACCCUGGUCACGACUCUGAUUAUUUGGGGAACAUUUGUUGUUGGCUGGAUACCAACCAGCCUCAUCUUCGUCCUCACCUGUAGCACUUGCCUAUUUCCAUAUUCUCAGACUUCAGCCUACAAUGUUGUAUUUUUCAUCAGCAUCUUGGCAAAUUUAUGCAUACUCCUGAAAAGUCUCGUGAACCCGAUCGUGUAUGCCAUUCGGAUUCCAGAAAUCAGGACCGUAAUGACACGGCUGCUACAAAGAUGGGGCUCCGGUUCAAAAAAAAGGCAGAGAAAAUGCGCGUUGCAAUCAUGCCGUCCUAGAAACCGCAGGUCUCCUGACGAAAUGAUUCUAAAGUAA